ACCCCGGGCGGGCGCUGGCAUUGGCCCCGCCAGCCCCUAUAAAGGCAGGUGCACCCAGGUGUAAGCUGAUCCCCCGCCCAGGGCUGCAAGCGGCGACGGGUUACGGUCCGUGGAUUCUUUUCUCCUCCAUUGAGCGCGUCAGAGAAGCGGCCGCACCAUGUCGAUGGGGUUGGAGAUCGGCGGGGUGGCCCUGUCGGUGCUGGGUUGGUUGUGCAGCAUCAUCUGUUGCGCGUUGCCGAUGUGGAGGGUGACGGCCUUCAUCGGCAACAACAUCGUGACGGCCCAGAUCAUCUGGGAAGGGCUGUGGAUGAACUGCGUGGUGCAGAGCACGGGGCAGAUGCAGUGCAAGGUGUACGACUCCAUGCUGGCCCUGCCGCAGGACCUGCAAGCCGCCCGCGCCCUCCUCGUGGUCAGCAUCGUCUUGGCCGUGCUGGGUUUAAUGGUGGCCAUCGUGGGCGCCCAGUGCACCCGUUGCGUGGAGGACGAGAGCACCAAAGCCAAGAUCACCAUCGUCUCCGGCGUCGUCUUCCUCCUCUCCGGCGUCAUGACCCUCAUCCCCGUCUCCUGGUCGGCCAACACCAUCAUCCGGGAUUUCUACAACCCGCUGGUGCUUGACCCGCAGAAGAGGGAGCUGGGCACCUCGCUCUACGUGGGCUGGGCGGCCUCUGCCCUGCUGCUGCUGGGGGGGGCUCUGCUCUGCUGCUCCUGCCCCCCCAAAGAGGACAGGUACGCCACCAGCAAGGUGGCCUACUCCGCUCCGCGCUCCGCCGUCACCAGCUACGACAAGAGGAACUAUGUCUGAGCCCCUUCGGGACCCCCCGGCAGCCCCCUCGACAUCCCACACUCCUCCCGACCCCACCCGGGACCCUCAUCACCCUCCACAGGGACCGGGGACGGCAACACCGGGGUGGGGGGGGCGCGAAGGAGGGGACGGGGACAGCCGCGGGGUCAGGGCCAGGCUGUGUAAAUAGAGACGGUUUCGGUUAAACAAGAGGCGGUUUCGGGUCGGCGGGAGAAGCGGCACCUGGCGUGCCCCUGCCUGUGCCGAGGGGACAGAACGGAGACAGGGAUGGGGACGGUGCUCCCCUCUCGGUGCCCCCCUCCCUCCCCCUCCAUCGCCACCGGCCAGGCACCAUCUGUCCCUGUUACGCGUGGUCUGUACCGGUUACAUUUGUCAAUAAACGUGUCCUGUUUUGCUA